AAAGAAGGAUCUCGGGUCGACAUCCAGCGUGGGACUAUUUGAACUCACAUCGUGCUGUUAACAUUCAUAACUCACUUCUCGAUUACUUUGUUGUGUUCCUUCCAAAGGCUCUGUCUCUCUGUAUUUUACAGGCCUGGCUGGCUUAGCGCUUAUUAUUUAUUUUUUAUUGCACGAGCAGAUUUUCCAACAUUUGCAGCAACCUGGGUAGAUUUAACAUCUUCCUCUUCAGACUCAAAGGCAUAUUUACCCCCCUUCACCGAGGUACCCAAUUACAUCAUUAUUAUACUCUUCCAUGAUCUUAAUGGUGGUUCGUCUUGUGUCCGGCUUCUCUCCGGUCUUUCUAACUGGGCUUCCACCGCUAGAACUAGCGCUAGGAGGAUAAAAGUGUCCGUUGAUAACGGACGAGAUACACACACUGCCAUCUUCUGCAGCAUUUUGUAAAACUGCUUGUGUUUCCAUUCUGAAUCUUCAGUACUUUUUCAAAAGGUAAUUUCAAUUAAGGGAACAGAUGAGAGGAAGGAUGAGUGUACUAGCUGAGAUUAGGAGCACUCAAUUAAUAUACUAUCUUCCGACGUUGCUUUUAACAAAGACGCAAGAUGAUCAGACUGGGGACUGUCUGAACUGCGAAUUCCUUCAUGUCCUACCUCUACGAAUGGUAGAUAAAUGAGCUGUACGUUCUUGUUUUGAUACGUGCAUGAGCAGCUGUGCAGAGGUAUACACAACCAAAGCUUUACCCUCAUGCCACAGCAUUUUUCUUUCGAAAACUGCAACCUAAUGUCUUAAAACCUUUUUUGUUGAUAUUGAGCACUGGAAGGGGCUGCCCAGGGAAGUGAGGGAGUCCCCAUCCGUGAACAUACUGCAAAGACGUGGUGCCGAGGGACAUGGGUUAGUGGUGGCCGUGGCAGGGUGAGGGGAGGGCUUGGACUUUGGGAGCUCAAAGGGCUUUUCUAACCCAAAUGAUUCUGUGGUUCUAGUGGUACUUUGGUGUCAAGGAGUCUGUUCCUGAUGUCAGUGACACCUUUGUGCUAGGCAGGAGGCAGCCCUGUUGCCCAGGAAGCCCUCGGGGUCUCUGCCCCGUCUCUGGGCCCCAGGGAGCCCUUGGCGCCUCUCCCCAUUCCUGGGCCCCAGGGAGCCCCACUGUGAUGUCAGAGUGCUCUGCCCACAGCCCCACAGCGACGGGGGAAGGAACAAAAUGCCACCUGACAGUUGCCCGGGGCAGUUGGUCCUGGAGAGCUGCUUCGGCCUGACCAGGCAACGACUCAGAGUGAGGAGGGAGGUGUGAGCAGGGAGCCUACCUCUGCCCAGAGAUGCCGAGAAGAAGGGCAACCAGAGCAAGACGCCGACCGGCCGGCCGGAUUGCAGAGGAGAAAGCAGUGGAGCCAACCCUCUGCCAGCAGAGCAGUACCGUCUGUGUAGAGCCAGAUGUCGUCUUGCCACCAGCUUCUGGCUCGGACACUGCACGAGCACAGCCUGUGGCAGGGCACCACAAAGGCCGAGAUGUUGCAGGGAUGAUCUUCAGCCUGGCCUGCACACUGGCAGUCUGCCUGUGGAACCGGCUGCAACACUCACACACCUUUGCUAGGCUGAAGACAUCUCUGGAGAACAAGAGGUUUAGGGCAGCCCUGGAAAACAAGUUCUUGUUGACACUUGUAGUGCUUCUCGUUGGUGUUUACUGUGGGACCUUGCUGUCAGCGUGGAGGAUGCAGGCAAAGGCAGGCACAGAGGAACAUGAGCAGGGAGCAUUGAAGAUGGCUUUGGAAGACAAAAUGAUGAAUUCUGACUGGGCCCUGAAAAGCCUGGGUGCCACCAUUGACGUGAAGAGAACUUCCACAACUUACCAGUGCAAAUGGAAUUGGUUCUACAACAUGUUGAACAGAGGGGGUGAUGAGGACGGGCCCGAUACCAUCUUGCAGACGGAUGUCUCCCCAGGCAAACGCUGGUGCUUCUGUGGGCAUUACGGCCGGCUUGUCAUCAGGCUGCCAGCCCCAGUCCACCCGACUGCCAUCGCUGUGCAGCACGUCGCUGAGGAAGGCUCCUUGUCUGUGGCUGCCAGCAGUGCUCCCAGAGACGUGGCUGUCUAUGGACUGGAUGCUGAUGGAGAUGAGGAAGCUUGGCUCGGUUUGUUCAUGUACGAUGUGGAAAAAGAGGCCAUUCAGCCCUUUCGUCUGAAGAACACGCUGCACCCCAGAGCCUUUUCUUACAUCAAAGUGCUUGUACUGAACAACUGGGGAAACUCCGAGUACACCUGCAUUUCUCGAGUGUGGGUUCAAGGGAAGAUGGCAAAACCGGAGAGACCCUUCUGAAAGCCGAGAGUGAAAAUGUUGUUGGGUUUGGGGGGAGACAUUUUUUCUUUUUUGAUGGUCUGCAGUAGUCCCUAGUGGUUGUUGAAAAGGUGUCUUGCAGAUUUCUUGAGCCCUUUUCAUGAACUCUCAGUUCCUUCUUCCCUGUAUGGUCUUUGUCAUAGGUCCUCUGUUUGUAGAGCUCUCGGGUUUCUUAUCUUGGUCUUGCUGGGUUAUCUGCACACCCUUCCCCUGGCUCUGAGUUGGGCCCACCUCUGUCUCAGGCCGGGCCAACCUGGCACCUCUGCGACUACUGUUUGAGAAGGGAAGUCUGCAACCUUCCCUUCCUGGGAGGACCCCACAGCGGAGGCCCCGCGCCGCGUGUGGAGGCUGCUGGAGCAGGCCAUGUUGGGCCAGGGGCCGGCCGCGGAGCAGACCCACACGGGAGCCAGCACUGAGGCGCUGCAGCCUUCGAGACGGACACAUGUCUAGCUGAUGUGUGAGGAACCCAGUGCUGGGGCAGGGGAACUGCGAGGAGACCCUGCCUGGGGGUGAGACAAGAGGCGGGAGCCAUUGGGGAAGGAUUGACUGAAACCCCCCUUUCCCUGUGCCUCUGUGCUGCUGAGGGCAGGGGGAAGCAGAGCUACUGGGACCAGGAAGAGGGGAUGGAUGGGGAAAAGAUGGUCUGAAGGGCCUGAUCCUACUCUUCUUCAUCAUCCUACUUUGUUUUGCGUCUGUUAAUUAUUUUUUGGUUGAUGGCUGAUUAAAUAAAUCUUCAUUUUCUUCCCCGA